UAUUAAAAAUCUACUUCGAUAGAUUAUUUAAGGUAAACACAAGAUUGACAGUAUGGAUGUUGUAAAUUCUAUUCUGGAAAAGAGCACUCAGGAAAAGGAUACAUAUAAAUCCAUAGUGGUGAAUAAAGAAGUAGACGUUGAAACAGACAUAGGAACUCUUCUAGCGUUAGAUUAUAAUGCUUUCGACCUAAAAGACUUCAGAUCACAGCCUGAAGAAUAUUUGAAAAGUCUAACAAGGGGCAAUGUGCAAAUACUCAUUAACAAGAUUUGGGAACUUCCAACAGAACGUAUUGAUGAAGUAAUAAUAGCAAAAUUACCCAAACCAACAUUUGUAUUGCCACGAUCUCGACAAAUUCCAAAAUCAAAACCUUUAACAAAGUGGCAACAAUUUGCCAAAGAAAAGGGUAUCAAGUCUAAGAAGAAGACUAAGUCUAAAGUUAAAUGGGAUGAAGAAUUACAGAAAUGGAUUCCUUCAUUUGGCUAUAAACGUAACAAAGCUAUGGAACAGAAGGAUUGGUUAGUAGAAGUUAACAAUCAUGACAAAGCUGUGCAAGAUCCAAUUGCAGCUGCAAAGACAGCAAAAGAAGAAAGAAAGUCUAAGAAUGAAUUGCAGAGAUUACGGAAUAUAGCUAAGGCAAAAAAUAUUAAGAUUCCAAGAGUAGGACUUCCUACCAAAGAACAUUUCCCUGAUACACAGCAACUUUCUCAAGCCAUCACUGUUGCACGUACAUCAACAGCAUCCCUUGGCAAAUUCCAAGACAGGUUACCAAAAGAAAAAGAUGCAAAGGGUAUUGCAAAACAAGUACCAGGUAUGAAAAGAAAACCAGAAGAUAUUCCAGCAAAUGUAUAUGAUGAGAAGAAACGGUAUAAAGAUUUAGCAGAUAGUAUUCUGAAAAGUAACACCAAAAUUCUUCGUGAAGACUUCUCUGUACCCAAAACAAAACCAGCUAAGUCAGAAAAGAAGAAAGGUAAAAAGGUAGGAAAGAAUAAGGGGGCAAAGAAACCCAAAGGGGGAAGAGGACAACGAUGUUUCAGGCUUAGAGCCGGGGGUAGAAAACGAAGAUAA